AUGCACGUACCGACAAUGACGACUCAUGUCACGGCACGUUCCCACAAACCGACCUAUAGUUCGUCAAGAGGGCAAAACGGUGACCUUGACAAAGCCCCAAAGCACCAGCGUAGGAAGGAUGAAACCCUUCACGAGACCUGCGCGUCGGAAAAACGAUCUGGGGAUGACUUCCGGAAAGGCGAGGCCGAUUCAUCCAAAGUCCCCAAGCUUCAGAAAUUGCACCUUAUGGAUGAGUUGAAGAAGUUUUUCUUUAGCGAUCCCGCGAUUUCGGGUCCGAUGAUGUCCGCCAACUAUCUUGCCACCAAAUCCAGCGCCCACAAAGUCAAGGAGGUGGCGGAGAAGCCAAAGGAGGUCCAUAAAUCCGUUCCUCGUCUACCGUGCGGGCGCUACCGGGAUGGCUAUCACACACCCCUUUCCCCUCCGCAUGGGUCGGACUCGGGUUUCGCGUCCUCCGGGCAUUGGGCUCCGCGCUCAUCGGCCUCGCAGCCCUCCGAUCGAACCCUUUCCAAUCACACCCCAUCCCGCACUACGACCGCCUGUUUAAAGCGAACAAGCCCGGUGAAGUUGAGCUCACCUUCUCACGCCAAAGAAGCGAUGGAAGGAAGGGUGAAAUGCCAUGGCCUUCCCACCGGGGGGAGUGGCCGCUGUUCGAAUGUUUUAGAUCUUCGACAUCGAGGGCUGGUGCGGCUUCCUUGUCUUCAUAUGGCCGAUACGGGAUCCCCCCAUGGCAGUGGGGAGGGUAUCGCCAGCAGGCUAUCCGUGCUCAAUUUGUCUAAUAAUCACCUCGAAACAAUAGCUUCGGAGGGACUGAGAGCGAUGGAUGGGGGUCAUCGCGGUAAAUACAAUAUGGUAUUCCUCAAAGAACCCGAGCGACAUCUCAGCCCAGUUUCGCGGCCCUGUUCGAUCGCCAUCUUUCGCAAUGUAUCGUUAUUGGAUCUCACCAAUAAUUCAAUUCAUAGCCUCGAUGGAAUCGAGGCGCUCCCGUUAUUGCGUUCUCUACGACUCACACGUAAUGCGAUUAUCUCGCUCUCCAGUUUAUGGUGUGCGCCGUGUGUUGGAAAGUUAGACAUGUUGGAUGUGAGCGAGAACCGCAUCGAGCAGCUCGUCUCACCAGAUGACGUAGAAGUACUCAAACAGAAUCCCCCCCUUUCGCUGUUGGUUUUAAGAAUCAAUAGCAAUCGUUUGUACACGCUUCCUCAAUGUUUAUCGAUCUUUAAACAACUGAGGGUUUUUCGGGCUCGCGGGAACAAGUUGGCAUCCGUGCCGGAUGCGUUCCCCAGCCCAUCCUUUUGCCCUAAAAUUCGCUAUAUCGACCUCAGCGCGAACCUCUUAUCGGAAAAAGAUCAGCAGGCUCUUCAACGGCGCAUCUCGGCUCUUGAAAAAAUCACAACUGAUACUUUACAUGAUGGUUCGCGUAAGCGUCGAGGAAACAUUUUGUUGGAUUUGAGCCAUAGCAAAAUUCGAGAAAAGACGCCGCUUGUCCCAGAAAGCAUUGACACCCCUUUGUCCUCACCUGAAGUUGAAGACGCCGUUCAAAGACACUGCAAUACGGCGUCUUCAGUGAUAAGUCCCAUUGGGAAAGUCCGCGGGUAUUUAGACGAUUACACCGCGAUAGAAGCUGCAGAGACCAAGAUGAUACCACCGGACAGGGAACAUUCAGCGGCGACCCAGGUCUCCUCCACGAUCAGCUCUCCGACAUUGCACUCGUCGGGGGUGAAAAACAACGGCAAUUUGGUAGGUUCUACACCAACCAUCGCGCUAUCAUCUAUUCCGUAUCCCAAGCGGCGUCGUUCGUCGAAGAAGGAGCCGCCCCAACUCAAAAAAAGCCCGGUCACCGGCAUGCGAUUGAGCCUCGAGGGGCCGAAGAGUGAUCCCGUGAUGUUGGCUACGAACGUGUGGUAUAUCGAUCUUUCCGAGCUCCUGAAGAACGUGGAGAAGGAUCUACUCGCGGCCGGUGGGCGAUGUAAAAAUUUAAUCCCCCGAUUGCCCAGUUCGAUGGCGCUGAGCCUAUGGGAUAGUAUGCCGCGGCUGGGGCUUGUGUAUUGCCAGGGCGAAUCUUAUUCCCCCGCCACGUUAAUUAUUGGCAAUAUCACCGCGCCAUGCACGACCAAUCCGCAUUGUAUUGUUCUGAUUUAUCAAAUUCUGCGCUCGAUUAGCAUGUUGAGUCCCGAUCAGUACAAUCAGUACCUCAAAUGCAGCGAAAGCCAAUACAGCGAGGAAAGGAGCACGACGCUUUCCUUUACCCCUCGUCCAUUUCUGAUCGAUCGCGUCUUUCCGCCCAAAACGAGGGUGGCGAUUAAAGUUUACCAUCUUUUUCACCCUACGCAUCCUUUUCAGACUUCUUUGGGGCUCCCGGGGGUUCUCGGGAAUGGGGGAGAUUUGUGGGCCUAUUUGCGAUGGCGGCGGGCAUGGGAGGGAAACGCGCGGGUUGGGGGGCUCCGCGCGGAUAACGCGUACGCCAGGGCCCGCGUGGAGGCCCGCAGCCUCCCUGACCUGGCGGGACUUUUCGAUUUGAACGCCGAAGGGGCCCCGCCGGGGCCUGGCGUCUCGAGUUUCCCCCCCAUUCCCCUGCCUUGGGCGAGUUUGUACGACCUUCUUGGGCUUAAAUCCGGCGCGAAAAAGACUUUGUGGGAGGGCGAGGGGAAGCUCGCCGCGGCCGCGGAGAUUCUCCCCAGCUUGCGCGAUACGCCCCCGUCCGUGGUGUUCGCCUACGUCCUGAGCGAGAAAAUGCGGGUUUGGCCGGUAAAAACUCCAAAAUCGCCCCGCACGUCCUUCGGUGGGUGCAAUCUUAUGGAUCCGGAUGGUACUGCACAGGAUUCGGCCACGGUGGCGAAUGGGCCGCUGGAUUACGUGGGCCUUUCGUUGAAGUUGUUAUCGUAUGUACAUAAUAGCAUCCAGCGCACGAAGGAGAUGGCGAAUCAGUCCAUCGAACGCGCACAGAUAUCGUGUCCGUUGGUGUCGUACUCACGGGAUGCAAUCUAUACCGCACGCCGCGCCGCGUUGGCGAAGGAACGUAUCUUAGUUUCGGAUUCACAUAAGGGAAAUAUUAGUGAUGCGAUUUUUCAUAUACCGUCUGCUAAGUUCUUACCCUAA